CCCGUAUCACUCGCUGCUCACUAAUUUAUUGUCCGAUUUCACAACAUGACACACUCGCUCACCGACGAUGAGUUGAAGGAGAUCUACACCUUUGCGCUCGGGUUGAGUCGGAGGGCAGGGAAGAUUUUAUUGGAUGGGAUAGAAAAGAGGACUGGCGAGCAAGGGGGAUGGGAAGCGGAUGAGCAGGUGGAGAAGAUGAAUGCGGUUGAUAUUGUUACACAGACUGAUUUGGGUUGGUGAUUUUUCUGGCUAUUUUAACUGAAUUUGGCUUUCGGGUGUGGGGGCUAAUAAGGGAGUUGGGUUUAGAUGUCGAGGCUUUUGUGAAGGAUGAGAUAGUCAAGAGAUAUCCGAGUCAUAAGUAAGUCGUUUUGUCAAGUGCUUAGGUUGCGUUUUUAUAUAAAAGUUCACGUGAUCUCAAAUACGAGUUCGAAAAGUGAUUUCUUUAGCUAAUCAAAUGUCGAAUUCUAGGUUUAUCGGAGAAGAAACGUACUCCGCCGGUUCAAGCAAGGAAUACCUGAUCACCGAUGAACCGACAUGGUGUGUUGAUCCCCUCGAUGGAACGGUGAACUACACCCAUCUAUUCCCCAUGUUCUGUGUGAGUAUCGCAUUUAUACUCAAUGGCAACCCUGUUGUGGGGGCUAUAUAUCAACCAAUCCUCGACACGACGUAUAGUGCUUUAACUGGUAGUGGCGCUUGGUAAGUGAUCUCUUUCUGUUCCUAUUCGGUUUGUUCUGAACGAAUACUAGGCAAAAUGAUAAUCACCCAAUGAAACCCCGUCAAGCACUUCCUUUCAUCAAUAGUCCUAAAGCUCCACUUCCGGCAAAAGCACCGAAAGGGUGCAUUUUCAGCUGUGAAUGGGGAAAGGAUCGUCGUGAUACAGAAGGGGGUAAUAUGUGGAAAAAGGUCAACUCCUUUGUCAACAUGGCCGCGGAAAUAGGAGGAAGAGGCGGAAAAGGUGGUAUGGUACACGGAGUGAGAUGUUUAGGAAGGUCCGUUCAAAACUCCGUCUCAGUUUCUUCCAAAAACGGGUGCUAAUGGGUACCUAGUGCAACGCUCGACCUAGCUUAUGUAGCUUCAGGAGCAUUCGAUAUUUGGUGGGAAGGAGGAUGUUGGGAAUGGGAUGUCGCAGCUGGUAUCUGUAUUUUGCGUGAAGCCGGUGGCUUGAUCACGACAGCAAACCCGCCUGCAAAUUGGGACACUGAUCCGAUACCCAAUGUGAAGUUGGGAAGUCGGCUUUAUUUGGCGAUCCGACCUGCGGGUGAUUCCCAGGGAGAGACGGGCCGGCAAGCACAGGAGAGAGUUGUGAGGGAAACUUGGAGAAGGGUAGAGGGGUUAGAUUACUCGCGUCCCAGAGCUUAGAUGAGACACAAACAUACGUUUGCGUAUUCAGACUUGGGAAAAUAUCCCGGAGACUUUCUCAAUUGCAUACAACGGAAGACAUGUUUUCAAGUAAAGAGUACUUCACUUGAACUUCUGAGAUUUCAUCUGAGGUCAGAAAACCCAAUAUCCUGUUCAGCAAGGUCUCCUUAGGAACCUAAAAAGAUGAGACAUGAAAGGAGGGAACUGGCAAAAAUUUCUUGCUUACUAUAGACAGGCUCGACAGCGUUUCA